GAGGAAAGCGCUGCGAGAGAGCCACAGUGAGUUCUGCCAUUCUCAUCCCCAGGAAUGCAUCAGCUCCUCUAACUUAUCUGUGCAGAGGCAACACACAACUGGAUGCGCAAGAGCAGACACCAAACCUUACGAUGCGCAUCUAUUUAUAGCAGUUUAGCGAAAGUUUUGAGUAACUCUUCUUCUUCUCCUCAGUUUUCUUCUAAACGUUUAUUCAGCAAUAUCAGCAGGAAAGAGUUAAGAAGUCCUCUGUCGGGUCUGAGGCGAAUCUCCUGUUCGGGAGACAAGCUUUGACUCCAGACUGCAGAGGUCGACGAGACUAGGAAACGAGUUUAGGAUACUUUUAUUCUACCGAGGGCUGGAGUUGUAUACACUUGAGAGUGGAUAUGCCGGACAGUAAGUGUGGAGGACGGCUGCUGCAGUUGGCCGUGGCUCUGGUGACUUUGCUGUCUCUCGCUGAGCUUGGACACUUUGCAGAGGUGGUGGACACCGAGGACAGCGAGCCGAAGGCCAAGCAGACCGACUCCAGAGCCAGCAGGGCCAAGAGGAGGGGAGGGUCGGACGUCCUCAGAGGACCUAAUGUGUGUGGAUCAAGGAACAACGCUUACUGCUGCCCAGGCUGGAAGACUCUGACUGGAGGAAACCAGUGCAUUGUUCCGAUCUGCCGAAGUUCAUGUGGAGACGGUUUCUGCUCCAGACCCAACAUGUGCACCUGCCCCACCGGCCAGAUCUCCCCAGCCUGUGGAUCCAAGUCAGUCCAGAACUGUAACAUUCGGUGUAUGAACGGGGGAACAUGUGCUGAGGACAACUGCCAGUGUCAGAAAGGCUACGUGGGGAACCACUGCGGGCAACCGGUUUGUGAGAAUGGCUGCCUUAAUGGAGGAAGGUGUGUGGCCCCCAACAAAUGCGUGUGUACCUAUGGCUUCACCGGGGCUCAGUGUGAGAGAGAUUACCGCACCGGGCCGUGCUUCGCCUCGGUGCACAACCAGAUGUGCCAGGGCCAGCUCACAGGCAUUGUGUGCACAAAGAAUUUGUGCUGCGCCACAGUGGGACGGGCGUGGGGUCACCCCUGCGAGAUGUGUCCUGCCCAGCCUCACCCCUGUCGAAGAGGGUUCAUACCAAAUCACCGCACCGGGGCGUGCCAAGAUGUGGAUGAGUGCCAGGCCAUCCCUGGCCUCUGUCAAGGAGGAAACUGUAUCAACACAGUGGGAUCCUUUGAAUGUAAAUGCCCCGCUGGCCACAAGUUCAACGAGGUCUCACAGAAAUGUGAUGAUCUGGACGAGUGUUCAAACAUCCAAGGUCUUUGUGGUGUAGGUGAAUGCUCUAAUACUGUUGGCAGCUACAUCUGCAAGUGUCCCCAGGGAUAUUACACAUCUUUGGAUGGAUCCAAGUGUAUAGAUUCCCGUGGAGGGUACUGCUACGCUAGCGUGCUGAAUGGGCGCUGCGCCAACCAAAACUCGCAGCUGUUGACCAAAAUGCAGUGCUGCUGUGAUAGUGGACGCUGUUGGUCUGACGGAUCCUCCCCGGAAAUGUGUCCCAUUCGUGGAUCAGAAGAGUACCAGAAACUGUGCAUCCAGAUACCUGAUGGGAACAAUGGAGUGAUUCCUGGUCGUGUCCCAGGGAGUCCCGACCUCCCUGCCAUCUACCCACUUCCAUAUCCUGGUCAAAAACCUGGCCAGUUACCCCAGUAUCCUGGUCAAAAUCCUGGCCAGUUACCCCAGUAUCCUGGUCAAAAUCCUGGCCAGAUCCCAGGACAAUUCCCAUUUCCAGGACAACUACCAUUACAACCUCGACCAGGAUCCGGGAUUAUCCUCACGCAGAACAUCACCAACAUGUGUCAGGCCUUCCGCAACCUCUGCCUGAAUGGCAGGUGCAUCCCCAUGCCGGGCAUUGGAUAUCGUUGUGAGUGCAACAUGGGCUUCAGGUUGGAUGGAAGAGGAGAGUGCUUGGAUGAUGACGAAUGUGAGAGAAGCCCAUGUGCACACGGAGAGUGUGUGAACACCCCAGGGUCUUACAUCUGUCAGUGUCCUGCUGGAUUCCAGACUACUGCAACCAGGACAGAGUGCAGAGAUCUGGAUGAGUGUGUCGCUAACGGUCGCAUCUGCAAUAACGGCCGCUGUGUGAACACCGUGGGCAGCUUCCAUUGUGUCUGCAAUGCUGGAUUUGAGAUUACAUCUGACGGCAAAAACUGUCAAGACCAAGACGAGUGUCUGAUCAGGAACAUGUGCCUCAAUGGACUGUGUAUCAAUGAUGAUGGUAGCUUCAAAUGCAUCUGCAAACCUGGAUUCUUGCUUGACGGCAAUGGACGCAUGUGUGUAGACAUUGAUGAGUGUGAGACUCCAGGCAUGUGUAUGAACGGCCACUGCAUCAACACGGAGGGCUCCUUCCGCUGUGAGUGUAUGGCUGGGAUGGCAGUGGGCCUGGAUGGACGGGUCUGUGUUGAUACACAUAUGCGCAGUUCUUGUUAUGGUGGCUACACGCGAGGGCAGUGUGUUAGACCGUUAUUUGGAGCUGUUACCAAGUCGGAGUGCUGCUGUGCCAGCAUCGAGUACGCCUACGGAGAGCCCUGCCAACCCUGCCCACCACAAAGCUCUGCUGAUUUCCUGGCUCUGUGCCCCAGUGGCCCUGGCAUCAGCGGUGAUGGAAGAGAUAUUAACGAGUGUGCCCUCGACCCUGAUAUCUGCCAGAAUGGAGUGUGUGAGAAUAUGUUGAGGACAUACAAAUGCACCUGCAAUGAAGGCUUUGAAAUAGACCUGACGGGCAAAAACUGUGUCGAUAUUGAUGAGUGUCUGAUGAACCGUCAGCUGUGUGAUAACGGUCAGUGCAGGAACACACCGGGCAGUUUCACCUGCCACUGUCCCAAAGGAUUCGUCUUUGAUCCCGAAACAGACGUCUGCGAGGAUGUGGAUGAGUGUCUGUCCAGCCCCUGUAUUAACGGAGACUGUAAGAACAGCCUGGGGUCCUUUGUGUGUUUGUGUUCAACCAGCAGUUCACUGGACAGCACUGGGAUGGAGUGUAUAGAGACUACUAAGGGCACCUGCUGGCUUAAGAUAGUCAAUAAUCGCUGUGAGGUCAACAUCAACGGGGCCACACUAAAGUCCCACUGCUGCGCCACACUGGGAGAAGCCUGGAACAGCCCGUGUGCCAAAUGUGAAAAAGAUCCAUUCUGUGGUAAAGGCCUUGCUAGGGUCAAAGGAAAUAUCUGUGAAGAUGUGGAUGAGUGUCGAGUGUUUCCCGGAGUGUGUAUCAAUGGAAAGUGCAUCAAUACACCGGGCUCCUUCUUCUGCCAGUGCCCUCCAGGAAUGACUGUGGAUAUCAGCGGCAGGACAUGCAUUGACCUGCGUAUGGAGCACUGUUAUCUCACCCAUGAGGACGAGCGCUGUGCGGCUCCCAUCUCUGGUAAGCAGCGAGUAGACGCCUGCUGCUGCUCCGUGGGUGUAGCCUGGGGCCCUGAGUGUGACGAGUGUCCUGAGAAAGGGACUCCAGAAUACAACCAGCUCUGUCCUCGUGGACCAGGCUUCUCGCACAGGGGCGACUUCAUCAACGGCAGACCCUUCCUCAAAGAUUUAAAUGAAUGCAGAAUGAUAAACACGCUGUGCUCAAAUGGAAGGUGUAGAAACACCAUCGGCAGUUUCCGUUGUCGCUGUGAUAACGGCUAUGCUCUGGACUCUGAUGAGAGGAACUGCACUGACAUCGACGAGUGCCGCAUCUCUGUGGACUUGUGUGGGCAGGGCAGGUGCAUAAACACAGCCGGAGAUUUUGAAUGCGAGUGCUUCGAAGGAUACGAAAGUGGCUUUAUGAUGAUGAAAAACUGCAUGGACAUCGAUGAGUGUGAGAGGAACCCUCUGCUGUGCCGCGGUGGUGAGUGUCUGAACACGGAGGGCAGCUUCCAGUGUUUGUGCCCCGAUGGACAUGAGAUCGCCCCCGACGGGUCAGCCUGUCUAGAUAUCAAUGAAUGUAACUUGAGUGACAGGCUGUGCAGGAACGGACAAUGUGUCAAUAUGAUCGGCCGCUACCAGUGCACCUGUGACACUGGAUACAAAUCUACCGAGAACAGAGUGGAGUGUGUUGACAUCGACGAGUGUACGAUUGAGAAUGGUGGCUGUGAGACGUUCUGCACCAACUCAGAGGGGAGCUAUGAGUGCAGCUGCCACAGUGGAUACGCCCUGAUGCCCGAUCUGAGAAGCUGCACUGAUAUUGAUGAGUGUGAGGAGAGCCCAGACAUCUGUGAUGGAGGCCAGUGUACCAACACCCCAGGGACGUACCAGUGUCUGUGCUAUGACGGGUUCAUGUCAUCUGAGGAUAUGAAGACCUGCCUGGAUGUGGAUGAGUGUGAGCUGAAUCCAGACAUCUGCCUGAGUGGGAACUGUGAGAACGCGAAGGGAUCCUUCAUCUGCCACUGUGACCCGGGAUACUCGGUCCGCAAGGGAACCACAGGCUGCACAGACGUCAAUGAGUGUGAGAUCGGAGCCCAUAACUGUGACAGACAAGCUACCUGCACCAACACAGCUGGCGGCUUCAAAUGCCACUGUGCUCCAGGAUGGAUUGGUGAUGGCGUCAAAUGUACAGACCUGGACGAGUGCUCCAACGGGACACACAUGUGCAACAACAACGCUGAAUGUCUCAACACCAUGGGCUCAUAUCGCUGUGCAUGCAAGGAGGGAUUCUCUGGAGAUGGAUUCUACUGCUCAGACAGUGAUGAGUGUGCAGAGAACGGCAACCUGUGUGAGAGCGGCCACUGUCUGAACCUCCCCGGAGGAUAUCGCUGUGAAUGUGACAUGGGCUUCAUACCCACUCCUGACCAGAAGUCCUGCGAGGACAUAGAUGAAUGUACCUUUGCUGACAUCUGUGUCAAUGGACGCUGCCAGAAUAUUCCAGGACUGUUCAGAUGUGAUUGUGGUCUUGGUUAUGAACUGGACAGGAGUGGAGGCAACUGCACAGACAUCAAUGAAUGUGCAGACCCGACCAUCUGCAUUAAUGGAGUCUGUGUCAACAUCCCUGGAAGUUACCACUGUAACUGUCCUGCAGACUUUGAGCUCAACCCCACCCGGGUGGGCUGUGUAGACACUCGUUCUGGAAGCUGCUACCUGGAUGUGCGUUCCCGUGGAGAUGCUUCAGAGAGCUUGGACUGCUCCAAUGAGAUUGGAGUUGGUGUUUCCAAAGCGUCCUGCUGCUGCUCUCUGGGUCAGGGCUGGGGGAACCCGUGUGAAUCCUGCCCCGCUCUCAACUCAACUGAGUACAAGACGCUGUGUCCUGGAGGAGAAGGCUUCAGACCAAACCCCAUCACUGUCAUCUUGGAAGACAUCAAUGAGUGCCAGGAGCUGCCAGGCUUGUGCCAGGGAGGACAGUGCAUCAACACCUUUGGCAGCUUCCAGUGCGAGUGUCAGAGAGGAUACAGUCUCAACGCUGACACCAGAGUCUGUGAAGAUGUUGAUGAGUGUGAACAACCAGGCAUCUGCGGCCCAGGCCUGUGCUACAACACCAUCGGGAACUACACCUGUAUCUGCCCUGUGGACUACAUGCAGGUCAAUGGAGGGAACAACUGCAUGGACAUGAGGAAGAGCUACUGCUACAGGAACUUUUACUCCUACAACGAAACUUGUGAUGGAGAGCUGACCUAUAACAUGACUAAAAAGAUGUGCUGCUGCUCCUACAACAUUGGCCGCGCAUGGAAUAAACCCUGUGAACAGUGUCCCGUGCCCAGUACCGACGCGUUUGCGAUCCUGUGCGGCAGUGAGAGACCAGGAUAUUACAUCGACAUCACCACUGGACGGGUCAUUGAUAUUGAUGAAUGCAGGGAGAUCCCAGGAGUGUGUGAGAACGGCGUGUGCAUCAACAUGAUCGGCAGCUUCAGGUGUGAGUGCCCCAUCGGCUUCAUCUACAACGACAAGCUGUUGAUUUGUGAAGAUAUCGAUGAGUGUCAGAACGGGCCGGUGUGCCAGCAGAACGCGGCCUGCCUGAACCUCCCCGGAAGUUUCCGCUGCGAGUGUAAACCCGGAUAUCGCUUCACCCCCACAGGGCAAUGUCAAGACCGUAAUGAAUGCAAUGAGAACCCUGGUAUAUGCAAUCCUGGUAGUUGCAUUGACAUGCUGGGGAGUUACCGCUGCCACUGCCCCAACGGCUUCAAAACAACACAAGACCAGUCCAUGUGUGUUGACGUGGACGAAUGUGAGAGGCAGCCCUGUGGCAACGGGACCUGCAAGAACACGGUGGGCUCCUACAACUGCCUGUGCUACCCCGGCUUCCAGAACUCACACAACGGGGACUGCAUAGAUGUGGAUGAGUGUUCCACGCAGAGGGGCAUGUGUAGAAACGGGCAGUGUCUGAACUCCUUGGGCUCGUUCCUCUGUGUGUGCAACGACGGCUAUGAGCUCACUCAAGACGGCAGACUCUGUACAGAUAUCAAUGAAUGUGCAGUGAAUCCAGGCACAUGCGGUGCUGGAACUUGUGUGAAUCUGGAUGGCUCUUACAGGUGUAUCUGCCCAUUGGGCUACUAUCUCCAUGAGGAGACCUGUGAAGAUAUUGAUGAGUGUUCCAUGUCGCCUGAGAUCUGUACAUUUGGAACCUGCGCCAACAAUGAAGGAAGCUUCACCUGCUUGUGUCCCGACGGCUUCCAGGUCUCUGCCUCCGGACGCAGAUGUUUAGAUAUCCGUGUGAACUACUGCUACACCAGGUUUGAAAAUGGCCGCUGCCAGGCUCCAAAGCCUCAGAACACUUCCAAGGCGGAGUGCUGCUGCACUAUGAUGCCAGGUCAAGGCUGGGGAGACCCCUGCGAAAUCUGCCCCACCGAUGGAGAGGAGGGUUAUCCUCUUCUCUGUCCCAAUGUGGGAUACGAACGGGGGAAAGAUGACCACCCAAAAGAUAUUGAUGAAUGCCUCAAUGAUCCCUGCAUCAAUGGCGAGUGCAUCAACAUAGACGGCGCUUUCCGCUGCGAGUGCCCCAUGGGAUACAAUCUGGACAUCACUAAAGUCAAGUGUGAAGACACUAAUGAGUGUGCCAUCGGCAAUCCAUGUGGAAACGGCACAUGCACUAAUGUCAUUGGUGGCUUUGAGUGUGCGUGUGAUGACGGCUUUGAGCCUGGGUCAAUGAUGACCUGUGAAGACAUCAACGAGUGCUCCCAGAAUCCUCUGCUGUGUGCCUUCCGCUGCGUUAACGUGGUGGGCUCGUACGAGUGUAAAUGUCCCACAGGCUACGUGCUGCGCGAUGACAAGAGGAUGUGUAAAGAUCAGAAUGAGUGUGAGGACGGUAUAGAUGACUGUGCCAGCAGAGGCAUGACCUGCAAGAACCUGAUUGGUACAUACAUGUGCAUCUGUCCCCCUGGAUACAUGCGGCAGCCCGGCGGAGAUGGUUGCAUUGAUCUGAAUGAGUGUACAGCCAAACCAGGUACCUGUAAGAAUGGCCGUUGUGAGAACACAGUGGGAAGCUUCCGCUGCAGAUGUGACCAAGGAUACGUCGCUAACCCCACACAGACUGAAUGUAUCGAUAACCGAGAAGGCUUCUGCUUCACUGAGGUUUUGACCACCCUGUGUCAGAUGACUUCUAGCAACAGGAACUUGGUGACCAAGUCCGAGUGUUGCUGUGACGGAGGCAGAGGCUGGGGCACAAGCUGUGAGCUCUGCCCCCUGCCCGGAACCACUCAGUACAAGAAGAUGUGUCCUCUGGGACCCGGGUACACCACCGAUGGCAGAGGUAUCUUACAGCUGAGGAGACUGGAGUUCAAAUUAGAUCACUGUGAAAAACUGAGAAUCGAUUAACAACUGACUGCACAUUUUCCACAGUUGAUGAGUGUGGAUAUUUCCAUGACAAUAUUCUAGUUAAGAAAGUGUUUUAUUUAAGAUGAUUGACCAUGCUGGUAGUUUUGCAUGAUGUAAACCAAAACUACGAGCCACUAGAAGUUUACAUGUUUAGUUAUUAUACAGAUUCUGGUUUAUAUUCAGUUCUGUAACUUGCAGCAGACAGCUGUAUUCAUUUUGAAAACCUUUCUUUGUUUCAAUGGAGUCUACAGCAUUCAAGUCUAAAAAUCAUUUCUAGAAAAAUCAUUGCAUUUAUUAGCUAUGAUAUCAGCAGAAUAAACCUUGAAGACAAUAAACAAAGAAUCAUAAAAAAUCUACCUGUGUCAGCAGGCAGUGUUGCUAAACUCAUCAAUGAUCAUAAAGUCUUAAAUCUUAACGUAAAAUAAAGCAGUGGCAUGAUCAAGAUGAUGGAUUAUCUUAACAAGGUUAGAGUUAUGUUCUGCAUUCUGGGUUGUAAACCACCAAGGUAAAUUUGUCAGCUGAAUACAUUUAGCAUGAAACCACUGA